AUGGCACCCGUUAAAUUAUAUGUUUAUGAUUUAUCUCAAGGGAUGGCAAGAGCUUUUUCGGGGUUAAUAGGGAAUCAAAUAGAUGGAAUAUGGCAUACUUCAGUAGUUGUUUAUGACUCUGAAUGGUAUUUCGGUAAAGGUGUAUUUUCUGAUCCUCCGGGUACAACAAUUUAUGGGAAACCAUUAAAAAUUAUUGAUAUGGGGGAAACAGAAGUUCCCAAAGAGAUCUUUUUAGAAUACAUAGAAGAAUUACGUGAAAGUUAUACUGCUGACAAAUAUCACUUAUUGGAUAAGAAUUGUAAUACGUUUUCUAACGGACUCUGUGAUUUUUUAAUUGGUCGUAAUAUUCCUGAUCAUAUCACUAAUUUGCCUGCAGAAUUUUUGUCAACUCAAAUGGGAAGACAACUUCGUCCUUAUAUUGAAUCAUACUUCGGACCAAGAAAAAUAGUUCAUUUUGCCGCUGAUGCGGUACUCGUCUCCGCUGUAUUAGCUGGUAUUAAACGAUCAACUGGCUUGUCGGUUGCAACAAAUAAUAUUGAAAAUCAAGAAUUAAGAAAAGCAGUCAAUAAAUUUUUAAAUGUUGGUGAAUGGGUUGUUGACCAAAGUAUUUUAAUUAUGAGUAGUUCUGCUUAUUUUGAACGAAAGCGAUGA